GUCAGUCAGGGAGUGACAUUGGGAAGAUGUUCGGGUUACAGCGGGUGUGCGGCCGGGCGGCGCAAUUAGCCCGAGUGUGGGCGGGUCCGGCCGGGUCAGUACUUACCCCCAAGUACUUCAGUUCCCACCCGCGGAGACUCGCCUACGCCAAGGAGCUCUUCCUGGGAACAAUCCGUAAGGAAGAAGUCUUCCCGUACCCCGAAAUCACUAAGGAGGAGCUGGACGAGAUCAACCAGCUUGUGGCCCCCGUGGAGAAGUUCUUCAAUGAGGAAGUGGAUUCCAAACUGAUUGACCAGAAUGCCAAGAUUCCCCCUGAAACUCUGGAUGGAUUAAAAAACCUGGGUCUGUUUGGCAUGCAGAUCCCCGAGGAGUAUGGGGGGCUGGGGUUAUCCAAUACAAUGUACGCACGCCUGGGUGAAAUCACCUCUCUGGACGGCGCCAUUGCUGUUACCCUGGCAGCUCAUCAGGCCAUAGGACUGAAGGGGAUCCUUAUUGCUGGAAAUGAUGAGCAAAAGGCAAAAUAUCUGCCCAAACUUGCAUCUGGGGAGCACAUAGCAGCCUUUUGUCUCACAGAGCCGGGCAGUGGCAGUGACGCUGCGUCCAUCCAAACCAGGGCAACUCUCACCCCAGAUGGGAAGCACUUUCUCUUGAAUGGCUCCAAGAUCUGGAUAUCUAACGGCGGAUUGGCCGACAUAUUUACCGUCUUUGCCAGAACAGAGGUGGUGGAUAAAGACGGCGCCACCAAAGAUAAAAUCAGCGCUUUUAUUGUGGAACGGGCGUUUGGCGGCGUGACCCACGGGAAACCAGAGGAUAAACUGGGCAUCCGGGGGUCCAACACCUGCGAGCUCCAUUUCGAAAACACCAAGGUGCCUGUGGAGAAUGUAAUUGGGGAGGUUGGAGGGGGCUUUAAGGUGGCAAUGAAUAUUCUGAACAGCGGCAGAUUCAGCAUGGGCAGCGCCUCGGCCGGCAUGAUAAAGAAGCUGAUAGAAAUGACGGGGGACUACGCCUGCACCAGGAAGCAGUUCAACAAGAGACUCAGUGACUUUCAGCUCAUUCAGGAGAAAUUUGCACUCAUGGCAGAGAAGGCGUUUGUGAUGGAGAGUAUGGCCUACCUGACCGCCGGCAUGAUGGACAGGCCUGGGCUCCCCGACUGCUCUGUUGAAGCCGCUAUGGUUAAGGUGUUCAGCUCGGAGGGGGCGUGGCUGUGUGUGAGCGAGGCGCUGCAGAUCCUGGGGGGGCUGGGCUACAUGAAGGAUUAUCCGUACGAGCGCUUUCUCCGGGACAGUCGCAUCCUCCUCAUUUUUGAGGGGACCAAUGAGAUCCUGCGUAUGUACAUAGCCCUCACCGGGAUGCAGCACGCCGGCAGAAUUCUCACCGGCAAAAUCAAGGAAAUGAAGAAAGGGAACGUCGGCGUCGCUCUCGAAAUGUUCACUAAGAAACUGAGAGACAGUCUGGGAAGGAAGGUGAACCUGGGAUUAACUGGGAACGAGGGGGUCGUUCAUCCAAGCCUGGAGGAGAGCGCUAAGAAGCUGGAGGAGAAUGUUUAUUACUUUGGCAAUACAGUGGAGAGUUUGCUGUACCGGUUUGGCAAGACCAUAGUGGAGGAGCAGUUGGCGCUGAAGAGGGUGGCGGAUGUGCUGAUCAAUCUUUACGCCAUGACGGCCGUUAUUUCCAGGGCGAGUCGCUCUAUCAGUAUUGGGCUGCGCAAUCAUGACCACGAGGUGCUGUUGGCCAACAUGUUCUGCUCCGAGGCUUAUUUCAAGAACAACUACACCCUGGCCCAGCUGGGCAAGCAUUCCCCGGAGAACCAGGACGACAGUAUCCGGAAGAUCGCGGCGCACGUUCUGGAGAAGAGGGGGUACACCUGCUCCCACCCCCUGGACAGAACCUUCUGAGCGGCACUUGCCCAAUGGACUUAGUUACCCCGGGGCGUAGGCGCCAGUCGCACCAAUCAGAGCCCAGAGCUGGGGGUUCGUUUGCACAGAACUUAUCGCUACUUUGUACCAGAUUUUGAUUAAAUUUCAUUGAUCUCCUUUUCUGAUUGGUCGGGAAGAUUCCGUUUCCACCGUAAGUGCCUUCAGGCCUGUAGCUUUAGUGGAACUACCUCUCCCAGAAUCCCCUGUGUGCCUUCUUUAUUGCAAUGCUGGGGGCCACAGUAUUACUGACUUUGAUUGGGCGGAGCUUGUGGUCCUUGAUGUAAUGGUUUGAACAGGCACCGCCCCAUGUGCCCAGGAGCCAAUCACACCAGGAGGAAGUGACACCCAAACAAUAAAGGGGAAGUUUACCUGCUGUUUUAUUUCUGCUACAAUAAAGGGCAGCGACUCUGUUA